UUUACCUAGAAGAUCAAAAACAGAUGAUGAGAAAUGGACUCUACAACAACUAUAUGUACGUUCUCUUUGAUGAGAUGCACUCUGGACUGUGGAGAACAUGAGAGAUUUUGGAACAGAACACAAGUCAUGGGGAAGGAGGGAGAGAUUUGGGACGAUUCUGCCCUAAUUAAAGCCUUCGACCACGCCGUUACCAAAUACAAGGCGAUGAAUGUAAAAAGUGAAGAGAAGGCCAUUAUUAAUGCCGAGGAAAGUUUACCAGGCGCUGGAGCUGAUAAUGGAAACAUUGAGUGUGCCUCCAACAUUGAAUUUGUCCAGAAUGAUGACAGCCUUUUAAAUGGACUGGAAACCACAACACAGGUCGUGGAGACUGCAGAGACUUUAGUAAGCACGGAAGAUUCUCCUUUGGAGUUAGGUUCUUCUGCAAAAUGUGUUGGUUUUUCCAAUAUUCACGAGUGCCCUGUUCCACCCACCAAUGACAUUUCUGCUACUACAUCAGUUUCCCAAUGCCAAUAUACAGUCUCAACGGAUAUAAAACAUCAAAAUGAAGCAUCGUGCUAUUCAGAUGGUUCAGAAGAGUAUACCAAGUUGUUGAACAAAUAUUAUGAGAUUGAGAAUCAGAGGCAACAUAUUCUCCAGCAACUUAACCAAUACAAUAAUUGGAAUAAUCAAUAUCCCUAUUCCAGUACAUCCAUGACUGAAGAGUAUCAAGCAUCUGUUCCUCAACCCUAUGGAACUGUAGCUUGUAGCUGCCCAUAUGGCUGUCAAAAUUGGGUUGUUCCAUGUAAUUCAUCACCUGCUGCUUGUUCUGACGGUAACUAUAUUCAUACAACUUGUCUUGCAAAAGGUUCUCCGAAUGCCAAUUCUGAGCCUAAAAAGGAUCCUGAUUUUGUUAAUAUGGCGAUGGCCGCUGCUGAAAAAGCACUUUCAUUAACAAAGGAAGGAAAUGGAGGGACAUAUAAAGAGCUGGGUGUUGAAACUGGGCAAUCUCCCGAAAGCAAGUCUACAACAGAUCUUGAUGUGGUUCUGAGGGCUUGGUACACUGCAGGACUUUAUACUGGAAAGUAUCUUUCUGAGCAGUCUUCGGAGGGAAGUAAACAAGGUUGAGGCAUUUGAGGUUCGAGUCUAUGAUGUAAUGCAAGCAAGAGAAUCAUGUCAUUUUGACAACCUGCAUAUUGAUAUUACUGUUGCAACUGUUUUAUUCUGUA